GAUAAGUUGUAUCUGAUAUUUCGAUCAUAAGUUGUAUCCUCCAAAAUCUUGGAGCUUCGAACAGCUCCUGCAUUGAGGAGUACAUCAACAACAGAUCUUUUAAGUUUCAGCUUCCCUCUCUCCUUAAUUUGCUUCUUCAUUGUUGUUUUCUAGUAUAAAUGGCCUCGAGCUCCCAAACACUUCCUUCGUCAUCAGCUCCUCAGUGGAAGCAUGAUGUGUUUCUCAGCUUCAGGGGUGAAGACACCCGGAAGGGUAUUGUAUCCUCUUUAUACCAUGAAUUGAAAACCAGAGGAAUACAAACAUUCAUGGAUGACCAAGGGCUUCAGCAAGGGAUGCCUAUUUCUCCAAGUCUCCUAACAGCGAUUGAGGAAUCCAGGUGUGCAGUCGUUCUUCUAUCCCCAAACUAUGCUUCUUCUACAUGGUGUUUGGAUGAACUUGCAAAGAUUCUUCAAUGCUCUCAAGCCAACAAGACACUGCUUCUGCCAAUUUUUUAUAAUGUCUCCCCCUCUCAUGUGCGACAUCAAAAGGGAAGUUUUGCAGAAGCCUUCACUAAGCAUGAAGAGAGGUAUAGGCAAGGCUAUGAUGAUGCAGAGAAGGUGAACAAGUGGAGAGCUGCUUUAACACAAGUGGCCAAUCUCUCUGGGUUGGGUUCAAACAAAUUUGGGUCUGACAGAGAACUCAUCCAACGCAUUGUGGAACUUGUGCGCCGUGAUGUAAGGCCUAUCUCAAUAAUGUCGAGCAGCAAUUUUGAAGCAUUUGAAUCAACAAGAAAAGCCAUGAAUGAGCUGAUGGAAGCAUUAGAAGAUGAUGAGGUCGCUGCCAUUGGGGUCUAUGGAAUGGGAGGGGUUGGGAAGACAACCAUGGUGAAACAUGUCGGUGCACAAGCCCAAAAAAUGGGGCUUUUUGAUCGUGUGAUUAUGGCUGUUGUAUCCCAAACCCCAGAUACAAGAACUAUUCAAGGCGCACUUGCGGAUCUGCUGGGCUUGAAAUUGGUGGAGGAGUCAGAAAGUGGACGAGGCGAUAGAUUGCAGACGGAGAUACUUGGAAGAAAUAAGAUCCUUAUAAUCUUAGACGACAUUUGGAAUACACUUGACUUGUCAAGCAUUGGAAUUCCCAGCUACAACGAGCUUCAAAUAUGCAAUUCCAAACUGCUAUUCACCACAAGGAGAUUGAAUGUUUGCCAUACCAUGGAGAGCCAAGCAAAAAUUCAUCUCAAUAUCUUAUCAGAAGAGGAUGCUUGGAACUUGUUUUUGAAGAAGGCAAGAAGGUCUUUUCAAAAGUCUAGCCCUUUCUAUGAAGUAGCCAGAAAGGUAGCUAGAGAAUGUGCUGGUCUUCCAGUUGCAUUGAUUGCAGUUGCGAGGGCACUUGGAGAUAAAGAGCUUGAAGACUGGAAAGAAGCAGCUCGACAACUUGAGAUGUCUCAACCUGCCAACCUUGACGAGGAGAAAGAUGUGUUCAAGUGCAUUAAGUUGAGCUAUGAUUACCUUGACAGUGACGACGCCAAGUCUUGCUUCUUGCUUUGCUGCCUAUUCCCAGAAGAUUAUGACAUCCGUGUUGAAGACUUGAUGAGCUAUGGGUUCGGAACAGGGUUGUUUCGACAUGUCAACAGCACAAUCGAAUAUGCCAGAGUCAGAGCACAUUCGGUUACUAGAUACCUUAAAGCUUCUUGUCUGCUUUUGGAUGGGACAAAAGAAGGAUAUGUAAGGAUGCAUGAUGUCAUUCGAGAUACGGCCAUAUCCAUUGCAUUCUCUGUAGAUAGCCACGCCUCUUUGGUGAAAACUAAUUGUCAUUUGAAAGAUUGGUCGAUGGAUGCGGACGAAGGCUACUCAGCAAUCUCACUAAUCAAGAGCAACAUUUGCAAGCUUCCCAACAAGUUGGUAUGUUCAAAACUUCAGAUUUUAUUGCUACAAAAAAAUGCUGAUAUAAGAGAGAUCCCAAUAACCUUUUUUCAAAGCCCCAAUGAUUUAAGGGUCUUAGAUCUUAGCAACACUGGCAUUUCAUCACUGCCCCCAUCAUUCAGUCUCCUAACCAGACUCCAAGCUUUGCAUUUAGAUUAUUGCAAGUCCAUGAUUGACAUAUCCAUACUUGGAAAACUGAAAAAGCUUGAGAUUCUUAGUAUGAGACGCUGUUACUCUAUUAAGAAAUUUCCAAAAGAGAUUGGAAAUUUGACGAAUUUAAGAAUGUUGGACUUGACUGAUACCCGUUUUGAGACAGUUCCCUCUCAAGUGAUAUCAAGGUUGUAUAGAUUGGAAGAACUGUACAUGAGAUGUUCUUUUGGCGAGUGGGGUUGUAAAGCUGCGGGAGGCUGCUUGUGUUUUCUUUGUAAGAAUGCUAGCUUUGAUGAGUUAAUUGGCUUGUCAAGUUUAAACACUUUGCAGGUUGCCGUAUGUGGUGCAGAACGCUUGCCUCAAAAAGUUGAGUUCAAUCCAAAUUGGGACAGGUUUUGUAUAAUUAUCCAAAGAUACGGCACGGACGAUUUUGUCUUUUUUGACGAUUACUUUUUUGACGAGGUCUUCCCACAUCGUUAUUCAAGAACAUUGAUCACGGCCGAAACCAUGAAUAACUUACCCGACUGGUUCAUCAGUGUAGUGACAGAAAGAACAGAUGAUUUAUGGUACAGAGGUCGCCAUGGCUUAACUAACCUUCUCGAGGAACACGACCGUGGGAGAUUACAUGGACUCAAGUAUUUGUGUAUAGAAUCUUCCGAAUAUGCCAAAGUGUUGUUGAACACAAUAACAUGGACUAGGGUGUCAAAUGAACCUGUGUUUGAGAACUUGGAAGAGUUGGAAAUCACCUGGUGUCUCUUGGAGGAGGUAUGUGUCGGUGAAUUACCACCUGGCUCUCUACGUAAUCUUAAGAAAUUGAUGAUGGAUAUCUGUGAUUGGUUGGUGAAACCGCUUUUACCAUCAAAGUUGUUGCACAGAUUAGAGAGUCUGGAAGAACUAUGUUGUUCUCGUAUGCGGGCAAUGAAAUAUGUGUUUGGAUUUGAAGGGCAUGAACCACAACACGUUGUCUUGACGAGGCUGAGAAUGAUUUCAUUGAGAUCCAUGGACAGCUUAAUAAACAUAUGGGAUGGUCCUGCUCCAUCUGGAAUCUUCCAGAGUCUCAAAACCUUUUCCUUUGUUGAUUGCCAGAAACUGGAAUAUCUCUUCACAUCUGAUGUAGCUCGAUGUCUUUUGCAAUUGGAAGACGUUUCGGUAGAGGAUUGCGAUAGCUUGGACAGAAUAAUUGAAGCGAGUGAGGAAAUAGAGAGCAACAAGAUCGUUCUUCCACAGUUGAAGAACUUGGUUUUAAAAGGUCUUCCAAAGCUCACAAGGCUGUCCAGUACAAGCAGCAGUACUAUUGAUAUUGAAAUCGAGUGCCCUACAUUGGAACGCUUAUGUGUCUCUGCGUGCCCCCAGUUAUCAAUCUCUGCUUCUGAUUUCAACAGCAGCAACGAAGUCCAACUAGAUUACCAGCAUUAUUGGGACACACUACGGAAUAGGAUGGACGACGUGAGUUACCGCUCACACUUUCCAUCUUCGAUGAGAAUGCGCUUAUUAUUGGCAUCUCUGCAGUCAGCACUGAUUCCGACCAAGAGGGCCCCAGUGACGUGGCCAGUUACAUGUUUUGCCGUCAUGGUCUUGUGUUUAAUGGUAUUUUGGCAUGUGGGAUGAGGCCUCCACUUACUUGCCAUCAGCCAUGGCAUAUUGCUUUUAUAAUAAUUACCCUCUCCGCCCACUGCCGUUGCGUCUCCAUGCUGCACCACCACAUCUUCCAAAACCAGUGCACAAUCGCCACCCUCUUCAAAACCCAAAGUCUGAGCAAAGCAAAUUCGCUCAGCACGGAUGGGUAAUCAUUCUCUCUAUUUCAAUUCGCAGGUAAUGGGUAAAACCCAAAUUGGCACCAAGUUUUCAAGACCUGCAGUCGUAGUAGUAAUCGACGUGAUUACGGGGUGAAAGGUUUGAUCGAUUUUGACUUCUUGAUCUUACUCUGAAGAAGAAGAAGAAGAAGAAGAAGAAUCACCCUGAUACGGAGAAAGUUUUGAGGUGACUGUUUGUGGCUGCAGGUGCUAAAUCAGAAAAGUGCUACUUCACCAAAUCUCCCUGCUGUUUCUUCACUACUGCUUCUAAGGUUGCUUUGGAGUGUUAACCUUUCUUGGUGUUUUGAUUGGUAUUCCUUUUUCACCAAAUUUGCGUAUUCUGUCUGUGAAAAUGGCUUGAUCUCAAAUUGGGUUUUUGUGGCUUGUGCACUAUUGCAGUGAUAUUGAUAUUAAGGAGCAGUAUGGGUAUUACUGAAGCAUUGCAAUUGCAGGUCCAAAAGCGGCUUCAUGAACAACUUGAGGUAAAAUGGAGUCUCAAGGUCCAAAAAUGGCUGAGGAGAGCAUAAAGGGCGCCAAAAUAAUCAAGAAAUGAAGAAAUGGAGUUCUACUCAUACUAGGAGACCUGUGGAAGCCAGGAGAAGUCUAUGGAACGUCCAUGAAGCAUCUAGAAGUCUCAAGAAGAUCACAAAUCCAUUACAGAUUCGGAAAACUGUCAGUGCAGAUCAGUCAACUUCAACGGAGUGUCAAAAAUCGCUCAGAGCUCAGAAAAUUAUGAUCUUUAUAUGGUUGGAAAGCUACGGAUGUCUAGUUUCCAGAACUUUUUACAGCUCGUCGAUAUCUAUUUUCUAGAAGAAGUUAUGAUCAUUUUAGUGCACUGAGGUCAAGUCUGCCGGAAAUCUGUUUUGUGUCAAAGGAGUUCUAACUCAAUUUUGUUUCUUCAUCUUCUAUCUUAGUUUGUUUUCAAACUUGAGUACCAUUUGGACAGAACAUUUAGACUGUUAUAGUAUAAGUAUAUUAUAGUAUAAAUAUCUAUAUCUUGUAAUAGGUACUUGAGUGUAUAGAUAAGUACUUGAGUGUGUAAAUAUAGGUAUGAAGACUUGUGUGACAUAAAGUAUAUGGGGAAGCAACAAGCAUGGCAGCUAAGCAACAAGCUUGGCAGCUCUCAUAAUUGCAGCAACCAUGUGGAGUUGCAGCUAUGAUCAUUGAAGCCAUUAUAAUGGACUUCUUACCAUUGCAUUCACACUACAAUGUAUUUCUAUAAAUACCCUAUUUUGUGAGAAGAAAAUAUAUCUCUUCCUUCAUCCAUCUCAUCUUCUUUGUCUCUCCAUCUCCUCUCCAUUUUCUUUCCAUUCUCUAGUCUUCUAGUUCUUCAUUUUCAAGCAAAGAGGAGAAGAAGAAGAAGCCAUGCAAUACAUCAAUUUCCUAGCCGCCAUCCACCCUUGUGUCGUCCCUAGAAGAUUGCUUGCUUUCAAGGAUCUUCAAGUUCUUCGUCUCAAGGCUUUAUCAUUCAUCUUUCAAGGUGUACCCUCAUUCCCCGGAUAGAACGAUCCCUACUUUCCAUAUACUAACAUUUGACAACAGGGUUAAAUUGCGUGCUACUUUGAGCGUGUCAAUUUUUGGCGCCGUUGCCGGGGAUUUGAAAAAUCACUUGUUAAAUCGUGUCAACAAUUUGGAACAAGCUGACUUAAAUCUUCAGCUGAGAUGAUCCUCUUGUUAUUACUUUUAUAUUUCCAGUCCUAAACAAACCCAAAAUGAAUGUUAUUCAAGUGAUGCAAACCUGUCAUAGUCAAAUGAUGAUGUUAUUCAUGAACGCUGAUAGGAGCAUAAAAUGCGACGUUUAUAAUGUUUAAACCCUAUAUUUUGCUAAGUUAUUUCCUUUAUCUUGAUCAAUUUAACUUAGUUAGUGUUUUACAGGUAAAAUGGAGUCUCAAGGUCCAAAAAUGGCUGAGGAGAGCAUAAAGGGCGCCAAAAUAAUCAAGAAAUGAAGAAAUGGAGUUCUACUCAUACUAGGAGACCUGUGGAAGCCAGGAGAAGUCUAUGGAACGUCCAUGAAGCAUCUAGAAGUCUCAAGAAGAUCACAAAUCCAUUACAGAUUCGGAAAACUGUCAGUGCAGAUCAGUCAACUUCAACGGAGUGUCAAAAAUCGCUCAGAGCUCAGAAAAUUAUGAUCUUUAUAUGGUUGGAAAGCUACGGAUGUCUAGUUUCCAGAACUUUUUACAGCUUGUCGAUAUCUAUUUUCUAGAAGAAGUUAUGAUCAUUUUAGUGUACUGAGGUCAAGUCUGCCGGAAAUCUGUUUUGUGUCAAAGGAGUUCUAACUCAAUUUUGUUUCUUCAUCUUCUAUCUUGGUUUGUUUUCAAACUUGAGUACCAUUUGGACAGAACAUUUAGACUGUUAUAGUAUAAGUAUAUUAUAGUAUAAAUAUCUAUAUCUUGUAAUAGGUACUUGAGUGUAUAGAUAAGUACUUGAGUGUGUAAAUAUAGGUAUGAAGAAUUGUGUGGAAUAAAGUAUAUGGGGAAGCAACAAGCAUGGCAGCUAAGCAACAAGCAUGGCAGCUCUCAUAAUUGCAGCAACCAUGUGGAGUUGCAGCUAUGAUCAUUGAAGCCAUUAUAAUGGACUUCUUACCAUUGCAUUCACACUACAAUGUAUUUCUAUAAAUACCCUAUUUUGUGAGAAAAAUAAACAUCUCUUCCUUCAUCCAUCUCAUCUUCUUUGUCUCUCCAUCUCCUCUCCAUUUUCUUUCCAUUCUCUAGUCUUCUAGUUCUGCAUUUUCAAGCAAAGAGGAGAAGAAGAAGAAGCCAUGCAAUACAUCAAAUUCCUAGCCGCCAUCCACCCUUGUGUCGUCCCUAGAAGAUUGCUUGCUUUCAAGGAUCUUCAAGUUCUUCGUCUCAAGGCUUUAUCAUUCAUCUUUCAAGGUGUAUUAUAUCCUUUCUCUUGUUUUCUUUGUUUGAUUUUGUAAGACUAUGAAUUCUAGUUAACAAAUAAUGUUAAGGGCAAAGUUUAAAGCCCGUUUAUAUGUUUUGAAAUAAAGUUGUGAUUUCUAUA